AUGAACCGUCCCCGUACCACUCCUUGCGGCGGCUGCCACGGCAAGGGCUACGACACCCUCCAAUGCGGGCGCUGCAACGGAACCGGCCAGAACGGCACCACUACCUUCCAAGCCAUGUGCAACGCCGGGUGCCGCAACGGCAAGAACCCGCGCACUGGCCAGAACUGCUCCAAGUGCCACGGCACUAAGAUGGCUACCUACACCCAGCCUAAGAAGUGCAGCCCGUGCCAGGGAACGGGUACCGCCUCGGAGGUCUGCCGCUACUGCGGCGGUACUGGCAUCAAAUAA